GGCUUGCUUUAAUUCGCUCAUUCUAUCCUCAACCCGAGUCUAUUGCCAACCAAGCCACCACCUACUAAACUAUCAUUGGUAUUCAGUCAUCGACAUCGCCAUGAGCCCGAUACUAAGCGUGUCUACCAAAAUCGAGAUUGCGGCAUCGCCAGCUGUUGUCCGAUCAGUGUUCCUAGACUUCGCUCGAUACACGCAAUGGCAGCCAGGCUGGAUCAUUCAGCCGUCUGACUCUAACAAGCAGCCACUUGACCUGAAACCGGGCGAUAGCCUUAAAGUCAACAUGAACGGAAAUGUUCACCAUCCGGUGGUAGUAGAAAACUCACCCGAAUCCUUCCAGUGGGAAGGAUCACUCUUUGGGCUUGCAAAAGGCGUCCAUCAGUUCCACUUUGCUCCAAGCGAAACAAAUCCAGGAAACACUACGUUCACACAAGGAGAGGACUUUCGAGGACUCUUGAUCACGCUCUCUUCGCCGUGGUGGAACUCUAGGAAGUUCGAUGUUGGCCCUUGGGAUAAGUUCAACGCUGAUCUGAAGAAUGAGGUAGAGAAGUCUUCAAAAUAGGGCCUCGAACCCAGUCUGCUGUUCUCUUCAAGAAGAAAUUGUUACGAUGAGAGGUUAUGAGACUUCCGAAAUUUUAACAGUGGAUGAAGGCUGCAUCACGAGAUAUUUACAGAACCUAGAGGCACAGACAACAGCUGUUGUCGGUCACAAAGCCAACGGCAGAUCAGAGCAUUAUUCCUCCUUUUCUCUUCAUCUGUACAGUAUCAGCUAUUAUAUAGCAAUUAUGCUGUCAAGGCUGCCACAUACGACCAUAGGUAGUGGAAAAUCCGGGGUCCCGUCAAGAUCUUAUAUGGAGUUCAAUGUCUGCCAUUUUUGGCGCU